CCCUCGCUCUCUGCCAUCACUCUCUCUCCACACUCUGUCUCUCUCACUCUACGAUCAGGCUUCCCCACUCUUCCUCGAGUCUCCAUCAGUCGUCGUUGGUUCCCGCCGCCGCUGAUUACAGAUAUGCAGGCACUAGAUAGAGUGCGGCCUGGACCCGAUGUGGAUACCCAGUUGGCCCAGCAGCCGAAUCAUCGGUCAAGUCCACUUUGGAGGUGCGCCGCUGACGAGGAGGCGCCUGGCAUGAUAAAGGUUCGACGCCGUAAAUGUGUAUUGCCACAGGGUGGGUUAGAUCCACGUAUCAUGCAACACAUAGAUGCAGCAGGGUUGACUGGUUUAUUCAAGGUUCCUGAUAUGGAGGUCGACCACGCCUUGAUCACGGCGUUGGUUGAGCGGUGGCGUCCAGAGACGCACACGUUCCACUUACCCCAUGGAGAAAUGGGUAUCACCUUGCAAGAUAUGGAGGUGAUGCUGGGGCUUCCGGUGGAUGGGUUGCCUGUCACUGGGAAGGCAGACUACAAAUGGAGUGAGCUGUGCGAACAGUUGUUGGGCCAUAAACCUCCACCCCCGAUACCAAACUUAAACAAGUCUACCCUUGCUGGGGCGAGGAUAAGAUACACCUGGCUUGAUGCAUAG